UAUACUGAAACUUGAUUUAUCAUGGAACCUAUUCUUGAAGAAUGCUUAAAUCUAAAAGAGAAUUAAAAGUUCAUCUGGCCUUCGCGGUGACUGAGUGAAGGAAUCGAAAUGUUCGGUCGUACAAGACCUCCAACAUCACRGAUGGUGGAACUUCACGUUUUUUAUGUCCCAGAAGAAGUGUGGAACUUCAAGCUGAAUACAGUGUCUGCAGCUCUAUCUAGUAAAUUCAUUUCAGCUGGAUUUAUAAGGGUGCCUCCUCACAUCACGCUCAGAGUGCUGCGAGAGAAGCUUGGAGAAUACCUGGGUGGAGUGGCAGUUGCAGAUAAAUUUAUAUUUUUGAAAUGCAUUGGGAAAAAACUAGCUGUGGUGAAAGCAAAACAAGAGGCAGAACUGGAACUGAAGUCAUUUGCUCCUCCUUAUGCACUUUACCCUGAACUAUAUUUAUUACCUGGAGUGGAAUACYUUGAAGAUGCUUAUCCAUCAUCAUCAUCAACUCAGGAAAGACAUCACUUUAAUGAAGAAGUUAGUGGGUUUGCUCAUGAAUCAAGAUUUUCUAGACUUCUCCCCACAAAAAAUGGAAAGAGUCAGCGAUUCUUAGAGAGCAGACGAAGCAGUCAUCUGCUAGAAAAUACAGUGCACAGUCCUGUGGAAUGGGGCGAGAAAGAAUCUCUUCUGGUUUUGCACACAAAUCACGAGCAAGACCAGAAUAUCAGGAUUCAAGAUAAGAAGAUUCAGCUUAGAGAAAAAGGUCAGAAUGGAUCCAGUGGAGCUCUCUUUGUGCCAAGUAAUUCAAAGACUGCAGAUGGGGAAUCUGGGAAGAACUCUCCCCAGAACUCUCAGCAAAAUCGUCUGAGCCGGGAUCCAAAAGAGCGUAAUGCUCCCAAAUGGAAUGACAAAGCCAAAGAAACUGCUCCUACUCUUCAUGUAAACCACCGUGAGGUACAAGGCCAGAAUAACCCAAUCCCCACAAGCUACAUUAAAUAUCAAAAAGAGCUAAACCCCAAAUUAGUAGUCACAAACAUGGAAAAUAAUGACCAUCAAGAAGAUACCAAACUAAGAAGGAACAGAACACAGAAUUCUGGAAUGCCUACAAYGUGGGGAGAUCAAACCAUUGAACAUAUGCAUAAUAACCAAAGCUUGCAGCAGUAUGGAACAGGCAAGUCUGUAGCUGACCCAGGUGAAAAACAGGAUAGUCAGACGAAUGAAAACAGUGAAACUCAUCUUACAUUUCCAAAAGAGUAUCUUUCUCCUCCUAGUCCACAUUUUCUGGCACUUCCUGUGAAUCCAGCUCAAGUUCCUGCAAUUCAGUCAGAAAAAAAUGAGAUGGUAGAACGACUCCAGCAGAUGAAGAACGACAGAAGAUACAUGGAGAAAACAAGGGAAGACCUGAUCAAAAAAGCCAAAGGGCUACUGGAACAAAAUAAACUGAGGAGAUACCAUGUUCGUGAGGAAUGGAAAAAGAAGUACUUUGAAACAAAGAAAACUACAGUUUCCCUGGAAGACGUUUUAAACAAACUGCAGCAAGAUUUUGAGCUUUGCUACCAGAAAUUACUUUUGCAACUGGAAGCCAGAGAUACCCGAAAAAGACCGAAUAAUGCAGCAACUUCCAAGAAUAACACAAUCAUCCGGAUUGUUACAGUACAGCAUGAUAUUGAUCAACUGAGGAAGCAGCUGGAUGACACAAAAAUGAAACUUGUGAUAGAAAUUAAGAUGAGGAAACAAGCAGCAUCUGAUUUACGAGCGCUGAGAGCAGAACUGACACAGAAGAAGAUUCAUUCCAGUUUUAUUCUCCAGUCUGGGAAAUCAGGACUUUGCACCUGAAAGGUCUACUGAAGCUCUGCAAUGUAUAUAGAAGUUUAGACUUUCAAGUAUGAAAUGAUYAAAAUGAUCACACACACAAACCUUCCUCAUCCCAACUGACAACAUAUACAUAAAAUGUAAGUAACAGAGUCACUUAAACAGGGCACAGCUGCAGUUUAAUCUGGUUCCGAAACAGUUUUGAUAAAAGUGUGGGCUGUAGGGAAGUGUUGGGAAGCAAAGCCCAAGCUAUAAAUACCCUUCAUCAGCCUUAACAGACACAGCAUAUUAUUUAACAACAACAAAAAAAGUACACAUCAGUCCAUCUCU